GUUAAAGGAGUCAACUCUUUUUCUUGUACUCUGCCAGGAGACCUUGUUCCCUUACAUCAAAGCCAACGUGAAGGAGUACCUGCGUGCUCACUGGGAAGAGGAGGAGUGCCAGCGGGAUGUCGGACUCCUGAGGAAACAGGCUCAGGAAGACUCCAGCCUGGAUGGAGCCGUGCCAAUCCCUUUUGAGAGUGGAAGAGGGGAAGAGGAGCAGGAGCGGGUCAUUCAGGCAGUCGUAGACAACGUGCACUGGCAGAUGUCUCUGGACAGGAAGACCACAGCGCUGAAGCAGCUGCAGGGUCACAUGUGGAGGGCAGCCUACGCAACCGGGCACGUCAAAGGAGAAGUCUUUGAGGAUGUGGUUCCAGCCAUCCGGAAGUGGCGGGAAGCGGGGAUGAAGGUCUAUAUCUACUCUUCAGGGAGUGUCGAAGCCCAGAAGCUUCUGUUCGGAUACUCUACAGAAGGUGAUAUCCUAGAGCUCUUCGAUGGCCACUUUGAUACCAAAAUAGGCCCCAAAGUAGAAAGCGAGAGCUACAGAAGGAUUGCUGCCAGUAUCGGCUGUGCCACCAACAACAUCCUCUUCCUGACGGAUGUCCCUCGAGAAGCCAACGCGGCCGAGGAAGCGGACACUCAUGUGGCUGUGGUGAUCAGACCCGGCAACGCUGGACUGACGGAUGAUGAGAAAUCCUAUUACAGCCUCAUCUCAUCUUUCACCGAACUUUUCCUGCCUUCCUCCGCUUAGGGAAAGCGGUGC